AUGGGACGACCUGAAAGAUGCAGAGCAGAGGGCAGGGAGUCGCCAGAGUCUACUGUUGCUCAUGCUGACAGUGAUCAAGGAGAGGAAGAGUGCCCUCGUAUUUCACUGCUGAAUGGGAUAGACCAAAGUCGGCGGCACCGGACUGCUUUCACGAGGGAGCAGCUGACCCGUCUUGAGCAAGAAUACUGUAAAGAAAGUUACGUGUCUCGACCCAGACGAUGCGAACUGGCGGCAGCGCUAAACUUGCCCGAGACCACAAUAAAGGUCUGGUUCCAGAACAGGAGGAUGAAGGACAAGAGGCAGCGUCACAGUCUGAACUGGCCUAAUCCACUGGACCCAAACCUGUGUGCCUUCAUGGUGAGUCAAGCGGCUGCUGGACUCCCCUACCCACUGCUACCCCGCUUGCCCCUUCAUCUAUACUCUCAUCUGGGCAUGGGUAGCCUCUCAGGUUAUACAAACCCCUACAGUGCCACCGCAAGGCCAGUGGACACUUUGCACCUCCCUCCCUCGACCUACCCCUGGCUCAGUGGACUUCCACAACCUGCUCUCUAUUCCCCCGUCCAGACAAUGCACCAUCCCGCAGGAUGCCACUGUCCUCACUGCCUGCACUGGAGACCAGACCACCUGCUUAAACCUAGAGGGGGAGCUAGGACAGCCACACAGCCCAAAACCUUUGGCAGUGCUUCAGGAUAA